AUGUUGCAAUCGAGCACGGGCGUAUGUGAGCGCGUGCGAGCGCUGGCGUGUGUUUCCCGAGCCGGAAAAAAAAGGGAAGCUCUCACUCCGCCCAACUCCAACCUCCAGCACUUUUCAUGUCUUCCCAAGAAGAGCUGCUUCUUUCAAACGGUCGAAUCCCAACAAGGCCAAAUCUUACCACUGCAAGAUGUCUCCCUAGUAUGGAUCAAUGGCUUUCAAACACAGUUGUCCUGGGCACCAAUGGCGAACUGCACAUAUAACGGGAGCAUAGAGACCAAAUUGCCAAAGGACAAGCAGCAGGUGCCUCAGCCCCCCAAUCCCUGGUUGACGGAAAUUGUGAUGCAAGGAGGAUUUCUUAAACUGACUGUUGAUGCUCAGUGUAGUGACUCGCGUAGAUACCAGGCUGUCAUCAACAAGACUUACCCAGACCUUGUGAGCAAUUUGAUUUGCUCCGUCCAUGCUGUAAAUAAAACUCGCUGCACCUGGGACCCAGCCAGUCCUGAUUCGGAGCUCAGGUUUUUCUUUCGGUUAAAGACUCCCACAGAAUCUGAUCAGAGAAAGUCCUCUAUCCAAGAGUGCCCACAGUACCGGAAAAAUGCUGCAGGUGUCAGGACUGGUUGUGAUCUGAAAGCAGACUUCAACAACAACAUUGAAAUCUUGUUUAGGGGAGAGCCGAACGACUCCAGGAACACCUUCAAAAUAGAUCUUCUGUAUAAUGUAAGACCUCCAGCCCUUAACUGGACAGUCACAAAAACUGGGGAUAAAUUCCAUAUAAGAUGGUCUCUUCCAGAAGUCCCAUUUAAAUGGAAGUAUAUACUCAAUUACACAGAGUGUAAUGAAACAAAGAUUAAAGAUUUCAGAAAUGGCGAAACAUCAUAUGAGUUGGACGGGGUGGUCCCUCACUGUCCGUACCGUAUGGCUGUUAAAGCAGAGAGUGCGUUUGAGAAAGACGGGAAUCCAAGAGGAGGGACACCAUGGAGUGAAGAGAAGUAUUUUGAAGCGGAACAAGGUCAAGGUAAUAAGUUGGUGUAUGCAACCUUUAUCAUCCCUCUGAUAUUUGGUGGCCUGGCAGUCCUGGUUUUCAUGUGUUGCAAGAAUCAUAAGGAAAAGAUUUUCCCCAAAGUACCAGUACCUCGGGACCUCCUCAGCGAUAUUUUUGACAACAACAAUAAGUGCACUGUUCGCAACCUGUACAUCCCAGAAGCUGAAGAAGAGAACUGUAAAAUCACCCUGGUGGUAGAUCCCCAAAUCAGCAAACUGGACAUCUGACAUACCUCUGCAGCGGUAAAAACUUGAAUCUGUUGCAAAUGGAAGUCUCCCAAACUCUUGUUGUACUGGCUCAACAAAAAGUUGGGAGGCUUUCCUGUCUCCAACUGAAUUUGGGAGAUUCAUUUUCUGAAUGUAUUAAGGCAGAUAUCAACUCAGUCUUCCAUUUUACCAAAAAACAGAAAAGUGGCAGCUACUCCAUUCUGGUGCAUUGUUGUUCCCAAAGUGAUGCAGCUGAAAUCCGACUUCACAAGGCUUUUUGCUGUUAUUUAGUCAAACAAAGUGACUUACACUGAACGGCAUGGAGCUGAAGGAACUUCUCUUAUCAGCCCAAAUAUGCCACUGCAUUACGCCAAAUUUACAUCCAUAUCUAGAAAUCCUUAUCACCACACCAGCAGCUCCUUGUUUGGAAAUGCAUUCAGUUAGUACAAAAUAUUUGCCCUUGUUUAGAUUUGCACAACAAUUCUGCUAUAACUCCUUUUACAAAACAAGCACAUCGAAUGGUCUAUAUCUUGUUCCCAACAUGGGGGGUCCUGACCUCCACUAAGGGACGCCAAAGCUUCAUGAGGGUGUUGAAAACUUAGAAAAAUGUGUGUGGGUGGUGGUGGUGGUGGUGGUGGUGGGGGUUUCAGCAAACUUUUAUUAUUUAUUUAUUUAUUUUUUUCCUUUUUGAAUGUGUGUUUGUAUGAUUCUGUGUCCCCUCUCUACAUUUAAAAGUUUCAUGCGUUCAGUGGCAGUUUGUGACACGCAGGGUGAAUAAUUGAUCUGUCACUCCAUUUAGGGGUGAUCAGGUGAUCAGAUCAGGUUGAUGGAUGAGGAGCAGCUGCUGUGAGUUAGUGUGAAGGCAGAAGGAAGGGUUAAGUUUAACUUUCAAUGUGCCUGACGUUCUGCUGCUCUGUCUGUGCCCAGAGUGCAACGCAUAUUCCAGUAGCGCUUCUAAUGAACGCUCAAGUAAAAAAAAUGUAUAUGUAGUAUCUGUUUGUUGCGGUAGAUGUUUUAACCCUUUGAAACCAGAGAAAAUUGCUUUGAUUUCUUAAAAAAACAGAAUGCAAUCGGCAACUUAAGAAAUUACAAAAAAAAAUUGCAGUCAGCAUAAAUUGCAUAUCAGUAAAAAGUUACACAAAUAUACCUAAAAGUUACCAUAAAAUAAGUUUUUUAAAAAACAACAAAAAAAAAAACAACAAAAGUACCUGAAAAAACUAUUUAA